GAGUGGCCCUAGCACCGCGAGGCGGCUACGAUUGGCUCCGCGGCGCCCCGCCCUCGCCGCACUCUUCAUGCGCCUGCGCAUCAGCUCUUGCCGCAAUCCGGGCAUGCGCGGCGGGCGGCUGGGCGGACCGGUAUAAACGCACGCGCCUCCGUCCCGCGGCCUUUCGCGGAUGCCGGGAGCGUGUGCUUUCUUUCGUUUUGGUAGGUCCGAUUUGCUCGCCUGUCCGCAGGUAGCCGAGAGACCGGCGUUGGUUGAAAAUCACCCUCGGCGCUGGCGGUGGCCGUGGAUGAGAUUCGGCGCCCAGAGCCUCCAGGGGCCUCAGCUCGCCGCCCACUACCAGUGUGGAAAGGCGAAACCCAGGCCCCGACAUCCCCGCUGCGGCUACUCGCGCGGUUAUAUCCCUGGCCAAUCAUCCCUGACCCCAUCUUCUCUCUCCGCAGGACACGGAUCUCCCGGAGAACUUGAGGCCGACGCCGCCAGGACCUUGGGGGGUCGUGGGAGAGAUCGGUGGUCCCGCGUUUCAAAUAAAGCUGUUUAACUCGGGAUGUGUGGACGUUCUUGGGGUCUCCUACCUGCCGGAAAAUCGAGCCCUAGUAGUGCGUUUCUUCCCGGGCUAGCCAAACUGCUUUCGGAUAUCACAAAUGUAGGGCUUAGGCACGUGAUUCUUAGGUGUCAGCCAGAUUGGGACCCCUGGUCUGCCUGUGCAGUGGAGUGAAUUUAUCAAUCCUUAACAGUGGUGCUCAACCUACAUGAGCAUGUAUCUCUCUUCUCAGGCCUGCACAGAUGAUAAACACUGGAAGAGAACUAGCUGGUUCCCGGUGAUUUAGUUCUCUCUGCUAUGGAGAACCAAUUGAUCAACAUCUGAAGACCCUAAGCUUUUGGAGUUCUCAGUGCCUGGGCAGCACCAUCUGAGAAAGGUGCAGCUGUCCCUGUAAUCCUACUGACCUUGGGGAAACAACUCUUAAAGAGUCUAGCUUCUCUGUGCAAACCUGCUCUGGGACCAGAUGUCAGCCUCGACCAACAUAGAGGGUCAGUGGGUGUCCACACCUGAGUUGGGGCUGCCCUAGUGUUUACAUUCACUUUGGGCAGUACAGGGCUACUUGCUUUCCCAGCAGGCCCUGGACCAGAGUUGGUUUUGGGUUUUUUGUUUGUUUUAUAUAUGUUUAGUUGUAGAUGGACACAGUACUUUUAUCUUACUUAUUCAUAAUAUGGUGCUGAGAAUCAAACGCAGUGCCUCAUAUGCUAGGCAAGCGCUCUACCACUGAGCCACAGCCUCAGCUCUAGACCAGAGUUUUGAUUGGCCUGAGCUGAACAAUGCCACUGUGAUGUCGGCCCACACCUGCUGUGAAAUGGAGGCUCCCGAGCCCCGGGCAUCAGUGGAGCUGCCUGCCGUCCAGAUACAGAUCAUGAGUGGCGGGUAUGAUCUCAACCUCUUUGCCAGCCCUCCCGACUGCAACUUCCUGUGCUCCGUCUGCCAUGGGGUUCUCAAGAGGCCAGUAAGGUUGCCAUGUAGCCACAUCUUCUGCAAAAAGUGCAUCCUCCGGUGGCUAGCCAGACAAAACACCUGUCCAUGCUGCAGGAAAGAGGUGAAAAGGAAAAAGAUGGUCCAUGUGAAUAAACUCCGGAAAACCAUUGGCCGCCUAGAAGUCAAGUGCAAGAACGCUGAGGCUGGCUGUUUGGUGACAUGCCCCCUGGCCCAUCGCAAGGGGCAUCAGGACUCAUGCCCCUUUGAGCUGAUGGCCUGCCCCAACGAAGGCUGCUCUGCGCGAGUGCCACGUGGGGACCUGGCUGAGCACCAGCAGCACUGCCAGCAAGGUGGUGAGCAGCUUUGCCUCUUGGGCUGCGGGGCCACCUUGGGCCCAGCUGAACGUGCACGCCAUAACUGCUACCGAGAACUACGCGAGGCCUGGAGCGAGCGCCAGGAGCGCAGCCGGACUCUGCUGCUAAGUCUGCUGCGGCGUGUGCGCCGGAUGCACCGCACCACCAACCUCAUCCGCCGGCAACUGGCCCAGCUAGGCAACUUCCUGGAGGAGGAUGACACCCUGCUCCUGGGCACUGUGCAGGAGGCUGAGGCCACCCCAGUGGGCAGUACUGACGCUGAGGUUGGGGAUCACAGGGCCAGCGUGCCUUGUAAAUACAAGGGCAAAUAAAUGCUGAGCCCAGGCCGGGCCUAUCUCACCGCCUCUGUGCCUGCUAGCCUCAUACCCUGUGCCCAUUCCCCAGGCCCCCUUGCUCUUCAUUUGUCUAUUUCUUUUCUCUCAAUGUCUCUUCUCCCAAUCUCAACUCCAGUUGCUUCCUAUCAAUUUGUUUUAUCAGUUUUGUAGCCUGUAGCAUGAAUGGCUCAAAAUCGUUAACUCAGUAAAAGCCAGUUCCUCAGUAGCUCAGGAGGACCUGCACCCUCUCUGCACUCCUGUCCUUUAAGAAUAUCCUCUGGGGUUGGAGAUAUAGCUCAGUGAACUAGCACCGGGAGGCCCUGGAUUCAAUCCCUAGCACCACAGUCUCCUGUGCAAUGGCUCCCUUAGCCACACUGACCUCUGCACCCCUAAGCAGUGGCUGUCCCUCUGUCCGAAACACGAUCUCCAAAAAACUGCUUUACUUCAAUUGCUCCGGUGCCCCCUUCUCAAUGAAGCCUUCUGCACUGCCCCCAUUUAAAACUGCACUUAUGGGGCUGGGGAUGUGGCUCAAGCGGUAGCGCGCUCGCCUGGCAUGUGUGCGGCCCGGGUUCGAUCCUCAGCACCACAUACCAACAAAGCUGUUGGUAUAAAUAAAAUAAAAUAAAUAUUAAA